UAACUGGCCAGCUGAGAAAAUCCAAGAGCUGAUUUGUACCCAGUUUUGAAUUAACUGUAAAACUUCAAUGCAGUGCUAAGGAGAAGCACAUUAUUUUGUAUGACUAUUAAUUCAUCUUUUAACCCUCUGAUAUCUCUCAUUAACACACUUGAUGGUUGGUAUGAAAUUAUGAGUAGCUGUACAAAUAUUUAAAGUACAGUAGAACCCUAUCUUUUAUUGUGUGCAUGUAGGUCUGCUAGAAAAAUGAAAUGUUCAGUAAGACCAAAUGAAAAACCAAAAAAGAAUAAUAAGAUACAAGUAGUCCCCAACUUACGAAAUAUUUGAGUUACUACAAACCGCACUUAGCAACCAUCCCUUUUUUUUUUGGCAUCAUUAGUAAUAAGUGCUUCAUAUAGUAUUGCGGCGUGUAAUUUGCUGAUGUUGAUCAUUCUCAUGCCAACCCCCAAAGACAAAGAUUGGGUUUAUGAAGAUACUGAUAGUAAAAGGAAAUAAAAUAAAAACUAAAAAAAAAAAAAAUGAGGUAUUUGACUUACAUCAGAACUGACUUAUGACAGAGUCAUUGGAACAGAACCCUGUUAUAAGUCAGGGACUACCCGUAAUUGGUUUUGAUGGGCUACUAUCUUAGAGUUCUUAAAUAGGAGGUUUUGCCUGGGCAAGUAGCUUAAUGUUCACUAUAUCUGGAAAAUGUUAAAGCACAAAAAUUAACUUGUCUCCUAAAUCUAACAAUUAUGCCAAAGUUAUUAGACAAAAUAUAAAAAUAAAAAUAUGCUUACUAAAGAUAUAAUCUUAAUGAAAUAACAGGAUAAAAUAAUUUUUUACAGACUGUAAAAUUAAUGACAAUAGUGUCAUUUUAAUGCUUAGAAAAUUUUCAUUAUUUGAGUUACGUAUUCCAUUCUGGAAUCUUUCCAGGAUAAUGCCACAUCAACAGCAUUAUCAUGGACCAUUAUUGUGACCUCUUGACCACUGCAUAAAUCAAAUCAUGCAUUAAACUGUACAUGUAAUUAUUUAAAACCUGAUAUAAUGUAGGCUGUCUGUUGAUCAGGCUGUGUUUGCAUAUCCGGUGUUUGUAUUCUACCCACUGUUAUACAGGUUUCUGAUAUACUUAAUUUUGUGUAACUUUUGAGGGAAGUGAUUAAACAAGGGGAGAGGGGUCAUGUCACAGUACAUUUUCCUGUAAGAAAAAAGUACUGAAAUUAUUUUAUGUUUGCAGAAUUAUAAGUGUUAAAUGAGCACAAGUCUUUCAUUGUUAGGACCUGUAUUGAGACAAGUGACUGAGCACACUUGUAGUGAAAGGUCCCUUUGAGGACCUGAUGGAAUGCUAUAGAGCCUCUCCACAGAAGCGCCCGUAUACGUAUACACACAAAAUUGUACAUGCCGUUAUGAACUGACUGAAGCUGUGAACCUACUUCUAGAGCAGGUGUUAGUAGUCAUUACCAUUGUGUUUUAUUAACAGCCAGCUCAGAUAAAAUAGGGCACAGACAAUAUACGUUUUGAUAGUUGAUAAAGGGAAAUGGUCCUUGACAGGAUAAACUAGUUGCCAUCCUGGAAAGCAGAACAUAGGGUUUCUUAAGGAGAUCCAUGCUAACUCAUGAAGAGGAGUACUAAAAAGAGCAGAUAGAAUAGUGUGAGAGAUCUUUUCUGUUUGAGUUUUACUUUUGUAUGACAUUAAUCUUUAAAAUCAUAAUGUAGUAUAAUACUGCCUUACUCAUCUAGUGCUGCCGUAACAGAAAUACCACAAAUAGAUGGCUUUAACAAAAAGAAGUUUAUUCUCUCAUAGAAGUCCGAAUUCAGGGCACCGGCUCCAGGGGAAGGCUUUCUCCCUCGGUUGAGCUUCCCGUUAAUCUUCCCCCAGACUAGGAGCUUCUCCAAGCAGGGACCCUGGGUCCAAAGGAUGUGCUCUGCUCACUGCACUGCUUUCUUGGUGGUAUGAGGUCCCCCACUCACUACUUGCUUCCCUUUCUUUUAAAAGGUGGUGCAGACCACACUCCACGGAACCUCUCUUUACUCUGGAUCAGGGAGGUGACCUGAGUAAGGGUGGUGUUACAAUCCCACCCUAAUCCUCUUAACAUAAAAUUACAGUCACAAAAUGGAGGACAACCACACAAUACUAGGAAUCAUGGCCUAACCAAGUUGAUGAACACAUUUUGGGGGGGACGUAAUUCAAUCCAUGACAAAUACCAAACUUGUUUGUUUCCAUUUUUGAUAUACUUAGCAUUUUGAAUUUUGAUGGAAAAACUUUAAAGUAUUCUGCAGGGUGGUCGGCGCCCCUCCCCGGGGCGGGGCGCGCCCGGACUCGCUGCGCCCGGGUAGCCGGCGCCGGGCACUCGCCACUGCAGCGCCUUGAGCGGCGGGCGCGAUGUAUCUCCGCAGGGUGGUCUCCAAGACCCUGGCGCUGCCUCUGCGGGCGCCCCCCGGCUCCACGCCCUUCCGGAAGGACGCAUCUCUUCACCGGCUGUCAUCUAACAAACUUCCUGGAUCAUCUGGCUCAAAUCUGAUGUAUUAUCUGGUUGUAGGUGUCACAGUCAGUGCUGGUGGAUAUUAUACUUACAAGGCAGUCAGAUCAGAGCAAGCCAGACACACGGAACAUACGACAAAUUUGAAAGAAAACAACAAAGCAGAGUUAUAUUCACUUCAAGGUGAAGAAGAGAAUGCAGUGGAAGCAGAGAGAGCAAGUGCAGAAGCCCCUGAGGUGUCUGUAGUGGAAGCAGAGAAACCAAGUGCAGAAGCCCCUGAGGUGUCUGUAGUGGAAGCAGAGGUGGUUGGUACUGAAGAAGUUCCCAGUGCUACAGACGCAGUCAUAGAAGAGGAUUUAGCCUGUCCAGAAGGUGGGAACGCUGCUCUGGUGGGGAAGGCAGCAGUUGGUGCUGAAACUGGGCUAGAAGGUACAGAUGCACCCACAGGUGAAACCACAAAAGUCGAUGCAGAAGCGACCCAAGGGGUUACGGAGGCAGCUCCGUAUGAGGCUGUUGCCCACAGUCAUGAUGAAGCUAUAGCAGAGAAGGAAAGCUCUGACGAACACACUGAACGAGAAGAAGACACUUCCGCAGUUGAAUCAGAAUCCUCUGCUGGGGAUGUUUCACAGGAAGAAGCCAGUGCUGGUUCUGAGGCCGUCUAAGCUCAAGGCUGAUCUCACGCUGGUAGGCAUUUCAACGAACGUGCCACAGAGUGUCUGAAAGGUGCUUUUGUAUUUUUGGCAAUCUAAAUUUUUAACGGGGCUUCUUUUCUUGAAAACCUUAACAUACCUUGAAAAUCUUGGGUAUCUACUGAUAGAUUUUAGGAUUGAGAGAUUUGAGAUUUUACAUGUUUUAAGAGUUUUAUACUCUCCGAAGUAAGAAUAUAAAAUUACAGUAAUGAGCUUAAAUGGUUUCAUUUUUUAAUUUAAAUCUUGUAGGAACUGAACUAUCCAUGUAACCUCCUAUUCACUUUACUUUUGCUAUAUCUUUACCUUUAUUAUGUAGAUCUGGAUUAUUGAAUUUUGAUUUGAACUCAUUUAAAUAAAAUUGAAAAAUCUUCAAAAAAAAAGAAUUCUGAAGAAAAUAGAAAAUAUUAUUUAUAAACACAGAAUGCUGGGAAGACAGAGACUCAUGACUCCUCUCUAUAUGGCCAGGUCCUUCUAUAAAAUUCUGACAGAAGAGUUCUCUUAAAAUAAAAAGUUGCACAGAAUUACGGUCAUCCAGAAACCUUCCUUCUGUACCUCUUCAGAAUCAGUUUUAGUUAUUAUUUUUGUAAGACUGUAGCUAAAAUCUGUUUCGCUUGACUUCAAUGAAUAAACCAGUUAUGUACAGUUGGUUUUUUUAAAAAAAUUAGACAUCGUAAUUAGAAUAAAUUACUCUUGAGAGUAUUCUCUGAGCAGAGUUUUUCUCUGAAAAACAGACUUAAAAUUUCCAAAUGUUCCCAAUCAGCUGAACUGUAUUUGUUGUAGUAGCUAAACAAAUGUGGGAAAGGAAUGCAAACUCAAGGUAAAGCAGGUUGCUGACACUGAAGGUUUGACUUUUUUUCUCUUCAGCUCAGUUUUGAAAAUAUACCUUUGCUCUAUUAAGCAUAUUUGUCUCCAUAUUCAGUUUUUGAACAUAAAAUAAAAACCUUGGUUUUCUUGAGAUGGAAGUCAUAUUAAUUUCACAUUUUAUUUCAGUGCAUGUUUAUUUGGCAGACUAGUGAAUAUGACCAUAUUUGAUUUGAUUGUCAGCGUCUGUGAUGUUAGCCCCGGGUAUUUAUAGAUUUAUACUGGCCUCCUCAUUAGAAUCUUUUAGAAAGAAUUUUAAUUCAGGAGGAAUGUAUGUGAAUCAUGGUUUCGUAAAUAUCAAUGUAAUUUAAGUAGCCAUGAAAUACUAUAAAGUAAUCAUUAAUUUUAGAAUAUUUUGCGGCAAGUGAUUUAGUGGUUAUUGAUAACAUUUUAUUCUCAAAUACAAAAUAAUAGGGCCAGUGACUUCAUUAUUCCUUUGAUCCUUAGUACACAUUCCCUCAUUUUUAUGUGUUUUCUUUAAAUAGUACCUAAUAGAUAAGUUAGAAAAAAAAAAGACGUUAAAAUUUUGGACACCUGGGCAUUAUUUGUUCAGAUAUACAGUUGUCUUUAUAAAAUUUAAUAUUCUUCUAUUACUUAAUAUACUUUUAUAACUACAUUAACUGUCUUAGGUAGAUAGAGAUCUAUCUACUUCCCCAGAGAAAAUUGAACUGGUGAUCAAUCUUGGAUUUAAACAUGUAUGGGUAAAGUUUCUUGCUUAUAACAUAGAUUUCUGUAACUUUUCUUAUAACCUUUUCCAAGCCCUUUGUAUCUAAAGAAUACUGUUUAAGAUUUAAACAUCUGAGACCUUUUGGGAGAGAAUAUGUACAAGCCUGUAUACAAAGGAUACAAUUUAAAAAAUUAAAUUUUUUCUUAGGUUUUGUUAUACCUAGUCCAUUGGAAUUUUAAGAAAUGAUGUCUUUUAAAAUUGAGUUGUAGAAGCAAGAUUACCUGCUCUUAAGCUCCUGGACCUUAGACUAUUCACAAAUUAUAUUCAAAAGGAAAAUUAUUAGUCCUAGUGAGGGGUGUUUAGUAAAUAUACAUAUCAUUAAGCUUAUUACCUCUAACCUAGAUACUACAGGAUAUAGAAACAAUACCAUUUCUUGAGCAUAUACUCUGCGGUAGGCACUAAAUACAUGUAUGAUCUCAUUGUAUUUAAACUUUACAAUAAUCUUGGAAUAAAGGUAGUAUUUUUAUGCCAUUUUACAGAUGGGAAACUUAAUGAGUUUAAGUAGCUUACCCAAGGUCACAGUUAAAGGCCCCAACCUCAGGUAGUUUCUAAUAUAGUGGAAGAGACAAGACACAUGAAGUUACUAUUAAUAAAAGACAACCUACUAUUACAAAUCACUGUGUAAUUAUAUGGCAUGCAGUUAGUAUGUGCCAUGAAUUGAGUUUCUGCUUCUAGAAGAUUAAUUAAAAUGAUACAUGCUAAUUGCUUAACAUAGUGCAUGAUGGAUAUUAUUACUACUAUUAAUUAUAGAAUAGAAUUUGGAUGAAUAUGGAGAAAAGUUCAGAGAGGGAACCUUCUCUGUAGAGUCUAGUAUACAUGUAGAAUUGUGGACAGAGAGUAAGAGUGGCCAGAAUAUACUUUGUAUCAGUGGCAUGACUAGAAGGGUGCUGGGAAUGCGGACCACAUCCCCUGACAUUGUCAGAGAGGUGACACCAAAAUGACCCCAGGGUCCUUGGCCGCUGCAGUGGUGGCCGUGGGCUGACUGGUGCUGCUGUGGGAGGGGCUGCCAGGGCAGUGGCAUCACUAGAGUUGGUGUCCCCCGUCAGCCAGUGUGGUAACUCAUUCCCCCCAUCAUCUGCCAGUCAGGGUGCAGGCGCCCGGGCCGUGGCACCUGCCAUUGGGCAGAGAGGAAGGUC